AACCGUGUCAGGUGAUUUACGCAUGUUGCAAUACAACGGUCCUGAUUGGGAGCUUAUUUCAUCAUAUCUUUAAAUAGAACAAUAUGCCGAAAUUCAUUUGACACUUUCGAAAUUUUCAAACGUUUGUGUUUAUGACUCUUAUCGUCUAUAUUACCCACCCAUAAUUUGGUUUUAAAAAUAUAAAUCGGGGCAUAUAUGGGAUUAUCGAUUAACAGUCGCUCCUUUAAUCCAAUCAUUAAUUGACAAUGCAAACUAAUUAGCAGGUGUUAACCGCGUUCACACCGUUGUAAUUAAUAUUCAUUUUCGGUUUCGUUACAGUUUUGAAGAAACCGCUAUUGCUUUGAUUUCUUUAAUGUUCGGGCUAUAACUCAUUGUCGCAGUUAAAACAAAGAAUUCCAAAUUGCGAACCGACGUUGCGUCAUGUGCGCAAACUAUCCUGCCGGCUUUCAUUAUAUUAUUAGCAGACGACAAAUGGUGAUUCUGAUUGGAUGCUUAAAAUACACUGUUACUGUUUACAAUCGACAAAAGGCCUAUCGUAAGUGAUCGGUGGCUGAUUAGAUAAUUGAUUGCACUUUGUUAUCGGAUUAUACGCAAUACACAGUGUACAAACACAUGGUCAGCGUGUUUUUUUUACGUAUGUCUGUCAAUAAAUCGGGCUACCGCUCUUAUAGAUUUAUAGUAGCCCGGCGGGCGUGAGCUGGAAAAUUUCAGUAGCCCGAUGAAAAAUUUCGGUAGCCCCCGGGCUCCGGGCAAUGGAUUUGUCGGACACUGACGUAUGUUCAUGAUUAAUGUCAAAGUGGUAACCACGUAUGUACAUGAUUAAUUUCAAAGUGAUAACCGCGUAUGCACACGAUUAAUGUCAAAGUUGUUACCACGUCUAUACUACUUUUAUGUCAAAGUGAUAACCACGUAUGUACAAGAUUAAUGUCAAAGUGAUAUCCACGUAUGUUCAUGAUUAAUGUCAAAGUGGUAACCACGUAUGUACAAGAUUUAUAUCAAAGUGAUAACCACGAAUGUACAAGAUUAAUGUUAAAGUAGAAACCACGUAUAUACUACAUUUAUGUCAAAGUGAUAGCCACGUAUGGACAAGAUUAAUGUCAAAUUGAUAACCGCGUAUAUUCACGUUUAAUGUCAAAGUGAUAACUACGUAUGUACUACAUUAAUAUCAAAGUGAUUUUCCUUGAUGAAACACGUACUUAACGUCAGUUCGAUCAAGAAUAUUAAUGUCAACGUCAUCCGCCUGGAGGAACAUCUGUAAUGCCAAACAGAUAUAUUCCUGGUGUGCAGCAUAAAUGUCAAAGUGAUCUCACCUGAAUUAUGAAAUAAUUGUCAAAGUGACAGACUAAUAUGCAACAUGAAUGUCAAAGUGAAGUUCCGCGAUAUGCACCAUACAUGUAAACGUGAUGUCAUAAGAUGUAUUUGGAACUGAUGUUAUGUGAUCUCCACGGAUAUGGAUUUAAACUGUCAAACGGACUAAGCUGAUUAACAUAAAUAUUGUUAAUGUGACCUUCCUUAAUAUGCAACAUUGAUUUCAAUGUGUUUUCCUCUUGAAAAGAACCACUAUAAUCAACUGAGCCUGGUUAUAUAUAAUUUAAUUGUGUAAUUGCUCUAUGAAAGCUUUGUGAUUUGUUUGUAAAUGCUUGUUCUGUCAAUGUGCUUUAUUGCAAAUUAACCAUCGCGUCCUAUUAAAAGAGAAGAAACAAUGAACAGGCUAUUCCAAGGGAAUUAACCGUGGAUAAAUUGCUGAAACGCUGUAAACAGUUGUCGAUCUUUGUAACUAUUACAUUCAGGGGAGGUAACCGUGUCUAAAACUUUUGGAAAACAAGGUGACAAUCGCAAUGGAAAAGAAAAUCGAUAUGUACAGUACUUAAAUAAAGCAAACAGGCUCUUUUGUAAAUGUAGUUAUCCAUAGCAGGUAUUAGUGGCCUUAAUCAAAGCUAGAGUUGUUUGAUGUGAAUUUUAAUGAAUGGUGUAUUGUUGAAGAUUUAUAUGUUUUGGACGUGCUUUGCUCUUUAGAAGUUAAGUGUUUAGAUCUAUAACGUUAUACGUGAGCGCUAUUUGUGCAUACAAGUUUUCUGUGAAGAACUUAGAAGGAAACGCACGAUAGUUCAAGACAGAGACUAUUUAGGAACCCGGAGAAACAGCUAGUAACCUGCUAGCUUGCUCGAUUGACUUUUGGCGACCAGACUAUGUCGACCUCGACUCCAAUGACGCAUAACCAUGGGCACCAUGAUAACCAUGACAACCACAUGGAUCACAGUAACCAUGACAACCACGACAUGCAUAGCAACCACCCGGAGUACAACGUGAUUGACGAACACGGAGUAAGCGAACACGGAUCGAUUCACGACCACGGAGCACACGAUGGGCAUCACAUGACAUUCUUCAACAUCGAAAAGGUCGCCACGAUGUUAUUUCAACACUGGCAGCUUAACUCCCCGAGAAACAUAUUUCUUGCCUGCCUUUGCACCCUCGUAUUGGCAAUUGGGUACACCGGCAUCAAAUGGCUCCGCCAGUAUUUACAUGUGCACUGGCAUCACAAGGGUAAAUUGCAUUCGAUUCGCAGCAAGGAACAUUUCCUACAGACCAUUCUCUACGUCACCGAGUUUAUUGUAAGCUAUGUCCUCAUGCUGACUGUGAUGACAUACAACGUAUGGAUAUUUAUAGUAACAAUCUUAGGGAUUACCCUUGGCUAUUUUGUGCUCGCUUGGCACAAAGAGUUCUUUCCAACGUCAUCCGGGUCCUGCGCAGAGAAAUGCCGGGAGAGCGCGGUGAAGAGCUUAAAAUAUGAGCGGAAUCCCUCCUCCCAAGAGUUAAUGCCCUUGGAAGGAGGUUGCAUCCCAGGGAACGAAACCGGUGCGUGUCGGGGUUGCAGCAUUGAAGACUACGAUAAGAAUGACGUCCAAUGAGAUUGAUGCAUAGCGGUGGAAGUGUUGGUGUUAUAUAUACACAUCUCGACCUGUGCGCUAAGAAAAACUCUUAAAAAACUUGAAUGGGUUGUGUUUAUUUCAAACUUGCAGUAAAAAACUAUAACCUAAUUUUGAAAAACGAGUUGCUCCUAAGAUUUUGCAAUAGUGCUUUGAUUAGUUGUUUGCUUACGAAAUAAAAUCUAGUUUCCAGAAAAUGUCUCCGUAGCGAGAAAUCAUAACGAUUCACCUAACAAAGUAGAACUGUUUACUCAAUUGCCGGAUAUUUCAGUUCUCCAUCUACAUUUAUUCACAAAUUUACAUAAUAUGUAAAUCAUAUGUUUCAUGCGUAGCUACGCCUUAUGCUGCUUGGGUUUGGAAUAACAACUCGUGUUUUUUCCUCAUUAUUCAUGUUUAAACCCUUAAUCCUACAAAAUGGAUAUAUAAAGUGCCUCUAUAAAUGGCGAUUUUUCAUGAUUAAGUUGUAUGUACUACUUCGCUGUGGUAGCUCAUUGGAUUUGAAGACCGAAAUUGGGUUAACACCAAGGUGUGGUACUACAAUUCCUUCUGUUAAUACAAUAGCGAACAACGGAUUGUUCAAUUGGGUUUACACCAAAGUGCGGUACUACAAUUCCUUCUGUUAAUACAAUAGCGAACAACGGAUUAUCAAUUGGGUUUACACCACAGUGCGGUACUACAAUUCCUUCUGUUAAUUCAAUAGCGAACAACGGAUUGUUCAAUUGGGUUCACACCAAAGUGCGGUACUACAAUUCCUUCUGUUAAUACAAUAGCGAACAACGGAUUGUUCAAUUGGGUUUACACCAAAGUGCGGUACUACAAUUCCUUCUGUUAAUACAAUAGCGAACAACGGAUUGUUCAAUUGGGUUUACACCAAAGUGCGGUACUACAAUUCCUUCUGUUAAUACAAUAGCGAACAACGGAUUGUUCAAUCAGCUACAGUUUAUUCGCUGGAUAACUGGUGUUGGUGGGUUCAAGAAAUACCGUUGUUCAAUGUAUGGUGGUAGUGGCUUAUACCAAGGCCGAAAUGAACUAUCGUCAUGUAACUGUACAUAAACGUCAUGGAUUGUAUCAAUUUAUUUGGGAUUUCACAAGGGCUUGUGAAGUUAAAGUCAAAUUCACCGUUACUAAAUACAGACCAAGAUUCCUGUCGGCUACACCUGAAGUCAUCAUGAAAGUAAUGUUAUUUUAAAACAUGACAAAGUGACCUUGACAUUUGUUUGCAAAACGUUCUCAAACGGUACACACGUGAGUCUGUUAUUUAAAUGCUGGUCGAUUUAGUAAGUUACAGUCUGCAAAGCUUUAUCACUCUAUUUGAGCAGGUGAACAUUUGUGGCUAGAGACGGUCAACUUGCCAAAUGAAUUGAGUUCCUUUCCAUACCAGCUGCACCAUAACCACAUUUUAUGUUGACCUCUGUGUGUGACCUUGACCUUUGAGCUAAGAACUUGGGUCUUGCGCAUGACACAUCGUCUAUUCACGAUAUUGCUGGAUGAAGAAUGAUGUUGCAGUGUGGGUGACCUACAUGACAUACAACUUGACUAGCUUUGCAGAAUGACCUUGACCUUUGAUAUAAAGACGUGGAUCGUUCACUUGGAAUGCUGUCUCCACUUGGUGAACUUUAACAACUAGUUAUUGUAAAAUUGCAUGAUGAAUUAUCAUGUUGAGGUGAUAUGCAAACCGAAUCCUACCCAAAAUUUCACCUUAACGGCUUAAGGUGUGACCAAGACCUUUCAGUCAGGGACAAACGCCUUCCAAGCUCUUCAUGGUGUAUAUUUGUGGUAUAAUAAGUUUUGAAAGUAAUGUUUGAUAUUCAUUUUGUUUAUUUCUUAAAAUAAAAUGCUGCUGAAUUA